AUGACGGGUCAAGGGCGGGACGAGGGGCCUGACAGGGCUGAAGACCAACGGUCCCCUUCCCGCGAAAGAGCGAGGGAGAUGUCUCAAGACGGUGCUCCGCAACGAGGGCACUCUCGAGAUAGAAGCCUCCCUGGCCGUCGCUCUCUCUCCGGCAGCAGACGCAGCCGUAGCCCUCAACGAAUCGAUCGCAGAAGCCGAUCCUCACGCGGCAGCAGGAGCAGAAGCCGCAGUGGUGGUAGAAGUGCCGUGAAAUACAAUGGACGCGCAUACUACGGCGAUGAGAGGGUGACGCACGUGAUGGAGAUCGAGGAUGAUGACGCAUCCUUUAUUCUAGGGGCUGGUGGUCGUACGAAGCGAAAGCUGAGUCACGUGUGCGGGGCCGAGCUAAAUAUUGAGGAGAGGAACGGGCGAACUGUUUUGGAGAUGCGCGGCACGAAAGACACCAUCGAAAGGGCGAAGUUGUAUGUCGGCUUCGUCAUGCAGCAGCGUGUUGGACCUGUCCAGUUGCCACCAGAUGCAGAGACGCGAGACGAUCUGACCAUCAUUGAGGUUCCCCACGAAUGCGUUGGCUACGUCACUGGACGAAAGGGAGCAGGCUUGAGGAGCGUCGAGGAAGAGUGGAAUACAUUGAUGUUUUUUACAGAUCUCAGACGUGCCCGCCGAGGCAGCGAGUUGAAGGUGAUGUCUGCCGUCGAACAGAAGAUGCCUGGCUAUUUCACAGACAACAUAACGGAGGGCUCUAGCAACAACGACGGCUUCGACACAGACUACGUCACCAUUUCUGAAAAAGACUACUCAUAUGCCCUCGGCCAGCGUGGCAGCACGCGCAAGAAACUGGCGAGGGCAUCUGGCGCUAUCUUGGAAUAUGUGGGACGCAUUGCGUUUGUUGCGGGUACUCUGCCUGAGCGGAUGCGGGCAAAGCAGUAUCUUCAGUGGUUAUGCAUGCAGAGGACGUCUUUUGUUCAUGUGGAUACUGUGGGCAGAGAUGACUGUGAAGUCGUGAAUCUCCCGCUUGACGCUGUUGCAUACGUCACGGGCUCUAAGGGCAGCAACUUGCGGCGCGUUGAAGAGGAGACGGGCACGUUUAUAUUCCUGGAUGGCGCGCGUGGUGGCGGCGAAGAGAGACUUCUUAUUUUCUGCUAUGAUGUAGAUGCUAGACGGCGUGCCCGUGUAAGGAUUGAGGAGCGGAUCGACGAGAAGCUUUCUGGGAGAGCGAGACCCUUGUACCACGGAGGCGGUGGAGGCCGAUAUCGCUCUCCCUCUCCGCGACGCGGAGAUUAUGGGAGCUACGGACGUUACGAUGAUCGAGGCAGCUAUGGUGGUGGCAGUGGGUAUUACGGUGGAGGGGGCAGCUACGGAGGCAGUCACGGGGGUGGAUACAGGGGCAGCAGAGGUGGGGGCGGGGGGGGGUAUCGCAGUCGCUCCUCUAGUAGGCCUCGAGGAGGGUACUACCGUUCUCGCAGCCGCUCCGCUGAGUACUGGCGCGGGGGUGGAGGAGGAAGAAGUCGCUCGAGAAGCCCUGCACGCCGCGAGCGUUCUUACACUAGGUAG